CGACAAAGUGCUAUAACUGCGAAAAGUUACUAACGCAGUUGAAGCAGAAGGAUUCAUCUUCUGUCGGCAAAACGGGCCGACUCACUGGCUUCUCAGUGGGGCCGAUGGCCUGUUGUCUGAGUGAGGAGGCGCGUGAACAGAAGCGCAUUAAUCAAGAAAUUGAAAAACAAUUACAACGAGAUAAGAGGAAUGCACGUCGUGAGCUCAAACUCCUCCUAUUAGGCACGGGUGAAUCUGGCAAAUCCACUUUCAUCAAACAGAUGCGAAUUAUCCAUGGUAGUGGUUAUUCAUUAGAGGAUAAACGACAGCAUACUCGUCUUGUCUAUCAGAACGUAUUCAUGGCAAUGCAAUCCAUGAUACGGGCAAUGGAGACGCUGGCCAUCCCUUAUGGGGAGGCGUCAUCCGAAGAAAAGGCCAAUGUUGUUCGAGCAAUUGAUUAUGAAAAUAUAACCACAUUUGAAGAGCCUUAUGUAAGCUAUAUUGCCGAUUUGUGGACAGAUCCGGGCAUUCAGGAGGCUUAUGAUCGACGAAGGGAGUAUCAGCUUACUGACUCUGCUAAAUACUAUUUGACGGACGUGCGACGGUUGGCUGAACACGGCUAUGUACCAACGGAACAAGACAUUCUUCGAGUUCGUGUUCCCACAACUGGAAUAAUUGAGUAUCCAUUCGAUUUGGAGCAGAUUGUUUUCAGGAUGGUUGAUGUUGGUGGACAGAGAUCUGAGCGUCGUAAAUGGAUACAUUGUUUUGAGAAUGUCACUUCCAUAAUGUUCUUAGUCGCCUUGUCCGAAUAUGACCAAGUUCUUGUUGAGUGUGACAAUGAGAACCGAAUGGAAGAAUCGAAAGCGCUCUUUCGCACUAUUAUAACUUAUCCAUGGUUUCAAAACUCAUCUGUAAUUCUUUUUCUAAAUAAGAAGGAUUUGCUAGCGGAGAAGAUUCUCUAUUCUCAUUUGGCUGACUACUUUCCCGAAUAUGACGGCCCUCCACGAGAUGAGAUGGCUGCUAGGGAGUUUAUAUUGAAAAUGUUCGUCGAUCUAAAUCCGGACACUGAGAAAAUUAUUUAUUCACAUUUCACUUGUGCCACAGAUACUGAAAACAUUAGAUUCGUCUUUGCAGCGGUAAAGGAUACAAUUCUGCAGCACAAUCUGAGGGAAUACAAUCUCGUUUGA